GACGCGGCUGUUGCGGACGCCGCGGGAGCUGGCGUCAUGGUCGUGCUGGGCUUCGCCUCGUUGCUGGGCCACAUCCCGGCCACAGCGUGGAGAGCGGCAAGAUCACCCAUUCUGUGUCAUUCUUUGAAGAAAAUAAGUUCUCAAGGAGAAAAAUCCAAACCCAUCAAACAACCCCUUAAGAAGCCAAAGUUACCAGAAGGUCGUUUUGAUGCACCAGAAGAUUCCAAUUUAGAGAAAGAACCACUGACAAAAUUUCCAGAUGAUGUUAAUCCUGUUACCAAAGAAAGAGGUGGACCCAGGGGCCCAGAACCUACCCGAUAUGGAGAUUGGGAACGAAAAGGACGCUGUAUUGAUUUUUAAACCACAUAUUCGUUAACUUCACCAGAUUACUUGGGUUCAAAUCCCAGCUCCACUACUUACUAGCUUAUGUGACCUUGGGUAAGUUAUUUAACUUCUCUGUGCUUCAGUAUCCUUAUGUGUAAAUUGGAAAUAAUACUAGUUCCACCUCAUAGGACAGUUGAGAAGAUUAAAUGAGUGAAUACAUGUAAACCCCCUGGAGCAGUGCAUACUAGAAGAGCUGAAAGGAGUUGCCUCUGGAGGCGAGUUGGGUGGACAGGCACUGAGGUUUCUCAUUAGAUGCUCUCUUCUUAAAAUAAAUGAAUAUAUCAGGUACUAUUUUAAGAAUUUAUACAAGUUCACUGGGGAAAUUUAGAAAACAGUAUAAAGAAGAAAACAAAAAUUGUGUAUAAACCUCUACACCUGGGCUUCCCUGGUGGCGCAGUGGUUGAGAAUCUGCCUGCUAAUGCAGGGGACACAGGUUCGAGCCCUGGUCUGGGAAGAUCCCACAUGCCGUGAAGCAACUGGGCCCGUGAGCCACAACUACUGAGCCUGCAUGUCUGGAGCCUGUGCCCCGCAACGGGAGAGGCUGCGAUGGUGAGAGGCUCGUGCACCGCGAUGAAGAGUGGCCCCCGCUCGCCACAACUGGAGAAAGCCCUCGCACGAAACAAAGACCCAACACAGCCAAAUAAAUAAAUAAAUAAAUAAAUAAAGUAGCUAUAAGAUCCAGCUCUUCCCUUUAAAAAAAAAAAACCUCUACACCUGCUUACCCUUUGAUGUAUUGUCCUUCAGUAAUCUAAGUGAAUAUACAUGUUUUU